AUGGACUCUCCGUUUUCGAGCCCGACGAAGGCCCUGAACCCCCUAUCGCCCGAACGCAUGAAUCAACAGUUCACCCCCAACUCUUCACUGACUUCCAACAUCCUUAACCUCCGAGGAUCACACUCUAGGGGUCUUUCCGAUGUUCAAUCCAAGGUCGCUUAUCUCAACGGUCUCGCCUCUCGAGGCAACAGUCCCGCUCACGCUCAUCAGCAACAGACUGCUAGCAACUCGGCAGCCUUGCAGCGCGCCAUCUUAGGACGGGAAGAGGCGGAGUCUGCUCUGGCGCAUGCCAACGCAGAACUUGCAGAAGCCCAGUCUCGCGAACGACGCAUCAGUGAACGCCUGGAAUCAUUGCUCGAAGAACUUCAGACCUCUAAGGAACGCCAAGCUCACGAGAGGACAGUUUUUGAAAAGGAGAUUCGAAAAGCUAGAAAGGAGGCUUUCCGCGCUGGCUCGGUGGUUGUCAAGGUACAGGAGGACUUGAAACAUGCCAGGGCGGAGGCCAAAGUCCUCAAAGACGAAGUGCAGACGGAGCGCCGAGUCAAAGAGCAGGCAAAACAGGAGGCAUUCGAGCGCGCUUACGCCAUCGCCGGGCUUACAGAGGAGGUGGAGGUUCUCAAAGAGCAGCUACGCGUUGCGGAGGCCAAUAUCAGGUCGCGAAGCCUGAAAGCCCAUAGCUUCAAGCUUAGCCAAGAGGGCGCCGGACGAAUGUCUUUAGCGGAAGGCGAUCUCGCCCUACUGCUAACCCCUACGCCUCGGAGACCCAAACGAUCGGCCGAAGAUUCCGUCAACUCACCCAUGGUCCAUGCCACAAAACCGUCGCCUGCACACCACACUCCUCCCAAGCGACAGAGACUAUCAGACAUCACUCCCCGACAAGGAGCCCAGGAAUAUGCCGUGUCAGAAGCGAGGCAUGAUAAGGUGGAAGAACUCGAACGAAUCCUAAAGCGCGAGCGCCAGCUAAGAACAGAUGCCGAAGAUUUGAUUGAGUUCCUCAAACUCGAGUGUCAAUUCAAGCGCUGUUCUUGCCGGUUGACCGAGCCAGAGGAAAUCGACCAUGUGCAUGAAGCGGGAAUAGUCGAGGCGGUCAACCAGAAGGUGCAUGAACACGGAAUUGAGCAGUAUGGAGAUCACAUUGGCGUCCCAAAAAAUGACGAGGUGGACUCGCACACGGCUGUCGGCGAGCCUGCUGGUUUCGCUGCACAAGAGAAUGUGGGAGAGACAGUCGACGAAGAUGACGAUUUAGAGGAGGCUCAGGAAUUCGAGGAAGAGAUUGUGGAGGAUGCUGAAGAUGACGACGAUGACCCUACGGAGGAGCCUAUUAUCGCUUUUUCGCCUGCCACGGGCACUUUCCACACGAUCCCUUCGCCUGUCCGAGGAUCUCCACGGAAGCAGCUCCCCGAGAAUGCGCUGCAUUCACCAUUGGCAGAAGUGGAGAGCGAAGCUGAAGCUCCAGCGAUGACAGGGAGUCCUGUCUCCAAGCAUGCUACCCACAGGCAUGAGACACCAUAUGAUUCCAUCAUGGAAAGCGAGGCCUUUGUCCCAACCUCUACUCCUGGAACUCACCGGUCUUCGGUAGUCGUUGAUGUUCCGUGGGACCCUGUGUUGCCCGUAAUGCACGAUGCCAGAAACUCUCAAGUGCACGAAGACCUCAGGAAAAUUCCCCUACGAGCCGACGACGAGUCAUCGUCCAAUCGCUUUGCUGAUGUCCCAGGAACUCCCAUAAGCCGGGAAGAAGCCCUGGCACAGAUCCGAGCGCGUAGAGGCAGGACCAACACGAUGAAGCGCUCCAUCAGUGCUGGUGAAAGCGCCCUGCGCUCCGGCGGGAUGGGCGUCACUCCCGUCCGAUCCGCACGGCGAAUCCCUGGUCUUCAUCACACAGAAGCCAGAAGCGAUGGCUCCAUUCGGGAUCGGCGCGAUAUAAGUGCUCCCAUCCGCAUGUCCUACCACUAA